AUUAAUGGCACUUCCUCUCUCCUCCUUUCGAAGAAUGAACACCCACAACCCCGCGCUGCAGUUUCCCUUCCCUCCUUUCUUUCCUUCUCAAUUCAAAAUUUUGGGUAAGAGUCCGCAACUCUCUAGGUUGCGACGUUGCGUUACUUCUCCGACCGGCUGCGGGGCUGGGUCAUCUCCGCUCUCUGGCCCAAAGCACGUUGCUCCUCCGCCUUGCCCCAAAGCUCGUUGCUUCUUCGGCUUGCGUCGUUAUGUUCCUUCUCCGCUCUGCUUCCCUGCGCAAGACGGCGAGGAAUGUUGUUGCUGUAAGUCGCAGACUCCAAGCGAUAAGAAGUUCCAGCUCUCGCUGGUUCGACUUCGGAUCUGCUACGUUUUGCGGCUCAUAACAAUGAGUUGAUUUGGCGAGUGCGUGCUGCGACCGGCUGCAGGAGCUACUUGUGAAGGAGAUAAGAGGGGAGAGCCGGCAUAUGCAGCGACGGAGAUGGAGAGAGCGAGUGGAGGAAGGUGAUGGAGGCGUCGUUCGGAAAGAUGAACGAGGAGGUUGGAGGGAGGGAAUUGGGUGGACGCGUCGACGAGGACGGCAGGGUCGACGGCGGUGGUGGGGAAGGAGGAGGUUGUGGUGGCAAAAUGCGGGGAUUCGCGAGCGGUGUUGUGUUGUGGCGAUGUGGCCGUGCCCUUGUCUGUUGAUCACAAGAACGCUGCUGAAAUCACUUCAAGUCGCCACAAACGGGUGAUAGCUAGCGGCACCCCGUUGCAAUAUGGCAUGUUACCAGGUUGAUAAAUGAACACAAAAAGCUCUUGCCAAUACUUUUAUACCAUCUCUUCUUCAAUGACAUGUCUAUUUUCUGAUAUUGAAACAGUAACAAGGUCUUCAGCUAGUGAAAGCGAGUAAAGUCAUCUUCAUAUUGAAAUGGUACAGUUUGAAAGGUGGCAAGAUUUUCCUGAGCAAUAUCUUUAUAGCAUUUGUCACAGUAGAUACUCGAUUAGUUGCCAAUGCAUCAGUAGCAGACUAAAUUACUUGAGCUAAAGUGAAAAUAGUUAUGUCCUGUCAUGCAUCAUAUCUUGAGUUAAAUCUCUUGGAUUUCGAUUAAAAUGGCUUAUUGACUCCCCUGAAUAACCUAACAGGCUUGCUGAGAAGGAGAGUGGAAGCAGCUGGAGGAAGGGUCAUAGAUUGGAAUGGAUCCCGUGUCCUAGGCGUGCUUGCUACAUUGAGGUCAAUGGGUAUGUGGGACUUUAUCAAUCAAAUGGCGCUAAUGAUGGACUUUAUUCGAUGCUUUUAUGCAUGGAAUGUUGGUUUCCAAUUGCAGUGGUUACUUCAGCAAGUGCUGAGAGAUUAUUGUUUAAAGCAAUACGUGAUGGCUGAGCCAGAGGCCACGGUAAGCAAGAGAACAGAGUUGGAUGACAUCCUCGUUAUAGCAAGCGAUGGGUUAUGGGAUGCGCUCUCUAAUGAGGCUGCCUGCCAGGUCGUGAGGAGGUGCCUUGACAGAUAUAUAAAGAGGAGGUUCCCUGAGGAGCUAAGAGGAAGUAAUGCCGUCAAGGUGGCUGCAGUGCUAGCCAAACUGGCCAUGUCUCGAGAUAGCCAAGACAAUAUCAAUGUGAUUAUGGUCGAGUUGAAGAAACCAAACUAGUAAAAUGUAAAUAGGUGUUGUGCAACUGAGAAUGUUUCUUUAUGGCCAGUGUUGGGCUAAUCAAUGUUCAUCUUGUAUAAUCUAUUGUACUGACUUCUAGUUGGUAUUAAAAUUCCAGAUCCUCCAUGUCAUUG